GUUUUUUUUUUUUUUUUUUUUUUUUUUUUAAUAAUAAAUUGUUUCGUGAUUAGUUUGAAAUAUUGUAGCGUCAACGUAUGUGUAUGAGUUGGAGUGGAGUAAGCGGGAAAAAUCAAGAAAAUAUUAGUUUUACUGAUCAAAAUAAACGGAUAUAUACGGGUGCUGGUGCGUGUUAAGACUUCACCACGCACCAAAAAGAUAUACAAAGGUGCGAAACCGCGUACGUGCGCCGUGACAUGGUUUCGCGGACGGACUCUACAAUCCAGGAUGCCUUGCGCUGGGGCUCGCCUGCGCAUGCGCACUCGGUCCCUCCUCUCAGCUGUGAAGCUAGGUAAACAAACUGCAGGAGCAGAGAGAGACACAGAGAGAGAUCACAAGCAGCAAGCACUUCGCAGGAGCUGAGCUUUCUGGGGGAAUUUUUUUUUGUUUUGGUUUGUUUUGUUUUGUUUUGUAUAGUUUGUAUUCAUUUUAUACACUUUUUUAGUCUUCUUAACUUUCAGAAUUUUAAUAGCGUGACGUUUUUGUUUGGAAUUUUUUGCUAGGUUUUGCUAACCGAACUAAAGCGGAUAAGACGAGGAAAAAUAUCUCGAAAUCAAAACCAGGUCGGCGUUUUGGUGGUUCGAGCCAGCCUGUUUAACACAGAAAACAUCUAUAUUUUUUUUUUACAUUCUGCGAUAAAUCCAGUGAGAUAUUGUAACACUUUUGGAAUUUUUUGGGAUAUUUUUUUUUUGCUACCGUAAACCCUUUUUAACGCUAGAGUCCUUAUAAACAAUAUGACUGCGGUGCUGAACAUCCAGAGGUUACUGGAAGCUGCCGAGUAUUUAGAGAGAAGAGAAAGAGAGUGCGAACAUGGAUACGCCUCGACGUUUCCGUCUAUUCAGAGCUCCAGCAACUACCAGAGACAAAGAAAACUGCGGAAUAAAAAGCACAACAGCAGUCACAACAGGUCGACACACAACGAGUUGGAGAAGAAUCGACGAGCCCACCUGCGUCUUUGUCUGGAACGAUUGAAGGCGCUCAUUCCACUGGGACCUGACUGCAACCGUCACACUACUCUGGGCCUGCUCAACAAAGCCAAAGCACAUAUAAAGAAGCUGGAGGAGGCCGACCGGAAGUCUCGGUACCAGCUGGAGAGUUUGGAGCGGAAGCAGAGACACCUCCGGAGGCAGCUGGACUCCCUUGGCGGGGGGGCGUGUAAGACCGAGAGGGUGCGCACAGACAGCGUGGGCUCCACCCCCUGCUCCGACCGCUCCGACCGCUCUGACUCGGACCAAGAGGAGAUCGAGGUGGACGUCGAGAGUACCGAGUUCUCCCAUGGAGAGCUGGAUAGCGUGAGCACGGCCAGCACCAGCGACCUGGACGACCACAGCAGCCUGCAGAGCCUGGCCAGCGACGAGGGCUACUCUUCCUGCAGCGUCAAGCUAGCGUUCAGCUCGUAGACGCCGCGUGUAGCACGGACUCGCGCACGAGCACGCGCACACGUCCGGUCCCAGCAACGACGACUACCGACCCUCCAUACCAAUCUAUUCCACUCUACCACUACCGAAGCCCUGCCAGAAUCCGACAGGUGACCAGAGCACAGGCCACCGCCUCACUCAGAGCAGCGUUCUGAUUGGCUGAUUGAAUGUACACCGCCUUUCUCCCUCUCUCUGUCUCUCCUAACACGGAAACGCAUUUUGCCUUUAGUUUCAGUUCGAUCGAUCUGAUCCGUCUUUCAUCUUCCCAUUUUUGUAUUAUUUAGAUUUAAAUAUUUUUUUCGGUGAUCUGGUUACCUGUUGGAACGUUCUGAAGCGCUGCGAAUUACGAUCGCAGCGCGUUACGAUCUGGACAUCCUCCGCGGCACCGCAUAUCGAGAUCAGCUGCGAUCGAAAAAGGCUGGGGGCGUGAACUUUGUGCUACGAAUGGUGCUACCUGAACAGAACCGGACGGACGGACGCGUCUCGUCUCGUCACGGACGCGGGUCGAAAACAUUCUUUUAUUUUUAUUUCUCUCUCUCUCUCUCUCUCUCUCUCUCUCCGGAAAGUCUUUCCCAUGGUGCAUUUUACGGUGCGUUUUUACAACGUCGGAAGCAGCCAAGCCGUGCUUCCGUCUAGCAGCUGCAACGUAGACGUCUCUCCUAGCGGUAACGAGCAAUAACUCCUCUAGCUCCUCCUCUUCUUCUUCUUCUUCUCCCCCCACCCUCCUCCCACCUUCCCUCGGACACCGUCCAAAAGAGCAAAAUCCAACUUGCUUGUUGUUGUUGUUUUUUUUUUUUUUCUUUUCUUUUCUUUUUCUUCUUCUUCUUUUGUAUAUAAUACAUAACAUAGUUUAAUAAAUUAAGAAAAGGAGUUUUAAAAAAAACAAAAAAAAACCAAACUAGAUACCUAUGGGUAGCCUCUGUUGCUGUUCGUCUUGUGUUUUAUUUUUUUGUGCAUUUUUAAAUUAUAUUUUUGGAAAGAUACUCCUAUCCUUCUUCUCGGAUUGCUCUGACAGAGUGGCAUGGACAGUAUUACGCUCUUGCUUGCCGAAUUGUUUUUUUUUUUUUGUUUGUUUGUUUGUUUUUUUCGUUUCCAUUCUGGAAGGAAGAAAGUAAGUCUCCCUGACGGCGUCAGCAGCGGGACCCCUGAGCGUCGGACCUGCCCUUUUAUUUAUUAGAUAGCUUAUCAUUUAUUCUAUUCCUGUGUGUGUGUGUGUGUGUUCCUGUUGAAGCUGAGAGGCAUUCCACUAGCGGCGUCGUGGAUCUGGGGGUCAGAGGUCCCCAUGCUGAGCCUGAUUUCCCACUCGUCCAAUCAUCAGCUGACUUUAUUUAUCAAUGGAAGGAACGUAUUUAUUCCUCUUCCCUGUUCCAGCAUCGGAAGAUUUUAUCAUUUUUUAUUUUAUUAUUAUUAUUAUUUUUUUUUUUUUAUUUAAAAAAAGGAAAAAAAUUUAGUUCUUUAUUUUAAUGUUAUUUAACCCAUCCCGAGCUGUGUGUUCAAGCGCUCGACUGAACACGGUGCUGUUUUCCAACACCAGGCCAAAACCGCAACACGAACACUGCGUCUCUCUCGCUUAAAGACACGACUACCUUUUUUCUUUUUUUUCCCCCCUUUUUUUUCUUCAUUCUUUUUGUCCACUUUUUACCCCACUUUAAGCUGCACUUAAAUCCAGGACCCUUGUCGAGAACUUGAGCUUCCUGACACACCACACCACACGCACCAUCACACUGAGCAACGGCCAGAGUCUCAGUCUCGGUCUCAGUCAUGCUGAUUCAUUAUAUUAUAUAUUUAUAGUAAACACUGAUCCUGAAUCAGCUCUUAGUGAAAUCGGGAGUGUUCUGGAUCACACAGUUGAGCAGGAAGAAUCUGAUCUGAGAUCAGCGCUCGUGCUCUUUCUCCCUCUAAGUGUGCUUAGUAAUCUUGUAAAUGUCACUUUAAACAUUCGAUAAUCGUUACGCCCGUAACACCGAACUAGGCCUCCAAGUCUUGUGUGUGUGCGUGUGAUCCAGACACCUCCUGCAGGCUGUGUGUGUGUGUGUGUGUGUGUGUGUGUGUGUGUGUGUGUGUGUGUGUGUGUGUGCGCGCGUGUGAGAGAGAGAGAGAGAGAGAGAGAGAGAGAGAGAGAUCAGGAAGCUCUGGUUAACAGGGCGUGGGCCCCAUCGAUGACUUACACCCGAGGUUGUGCUGAACUUCGUGGCCAUUCUUUGUCAAACAUGCACUCUGAUUCAAGCUGUACGUCCAACUGCAAUACUUAUAAUAAAACACAGAGAUUGUCCAAUCUGAAGACCAAAAAAAGUGUUUUUUGUUGUUGUUUUGUUGUUUUUUUAAAACAAGUUAACCACUGUCCUAGCCUGUAUAGAAAUUCAUACACAUUUCGACUAGUAACACAAGCGUAACUCGUUUCCAUAGC